UAUUUAAGCACACAGAGGACUCUACACCGGUGUGUGAACAUCAGGAUGGAGCGGACCGGGCUGAUGAACAUCAUCUUUACAGCGUGUUUACUGUACGGAUCCGCAGAUGCACAAACUCAAGUAAAAGUACCUCUGCAGUACCUCUACACUGCAGUCACACCAGGAAUCUAUUUCCCAGAGUUCACUGCUGUAGGUCUGCUGGACGGAGAGCAGUUUAUGUCCUACAGCAGCAGCCACAGGACGCUGAUCCUGAAGGCCUGGAUAAAGAAGAUUGAGGGUGAAGUGUAUUGGCAGAGUGUGACAAAGGAACUGGAGAACAAUGAGGAUCAUUAUAAGAGCACAUUCACAAGAUUAAUGAAAGAACUGAAUCAUAGUAAAGGUGUUGAUACACUACAGAGGAUGUACGGCUGUGAGCAGAAUGGUGACGGCACCACUAGAGGAUACGAUCAUUACGCUUACGAUGGAGACGACUUCAUCAGUCUGAACCUGACAACAGAAACCUGGAGCGCAGCUAAUGCUAAAGCUCUGAACACCAAACACAAGUGGGAGUCUGAUAGUGUUUAUACCAAAUACUGGAAGAACUACCUGGAGAGCACGUGUACUGACAGUUUAAUGAAGUAUGGCAAAGAGACACUGAAGAGGAAAGUUCGUCCUGAGGUGUCAGUGUUUCAUAGACACUUGUCUCCUUCUCCAGAGGUGGUGUGUCACGCUACAGGUUUCUUCCCCAAACCACUAAAUAUCACCUGGCAAAAGGACGGAGAGGACGUGGGUGAGGACGUGGAGCUCAGAGAGACGUUACCCAACCAGGAUGGAAGCUUCCAGAAGAGAAGCAUUCUGAAAGUCCCAGCUGAGGAGCUGCAGAAACACACCUACACCUGCGUGGUUCAGCACAGCAGCUUGGAGAAGGAGUUAGUGCGAGAAGUACCAAAAGGUGGAAGAUCAGCUGGAGUAAGGAUUGCUAUCAUCACUCCUGUAGUCGCGGCUUUCGUUACCGUUGUUUCUGGAAUUGUGAUCUGGAAGAAGAAGAACUCUGGCUUCAGAGCUGUUCCACCUGGAUCCUCCUCUGAAGAAGAUUCUUCCUCCAACAACUCUUAAAGUGUGACUGGGUGUCUUCCUGCUGAACUGAGAGAGUUAAACAUGAUGUAGUUUACAGUUUAACAGUCUCAGCUCAGAGCUCAUGCUGUUUCUGUCUGUCCUUCUAGGAGAAAUGGAUCCUCUGCCAACAUCCUUUAUUGUGUUGCACUUUAUAAUUUAAUUUUAUUACUGUAUAUAGUGUAUAUAUUGUAUUAAAUGUUUUAUAUUUUAUUAAAAUUCUCUUUUUUGCCCAAGUCUUUUUUUC